AUGGAAUAUCAGAUAUUGAAAAUGUCUCCCAGCCUGUUCAUCCUUCUGUUUCUCACACCUGGUAUUUUAUGCAUUUGCCCUCUCCAAUGUAUAUGCACCGAGAGGCAAAGGCAUGUGGACUGUUCAGGCAGAAACUUGACUACAUUACCAUCUGGACUGCAAGAGAAUAUUAUCCAUUUAAAUCUGUCUUAUAACCACUUUACUGAUCUGCAUAACCAGUUAACCCAGUACACCAAUCUGAGGACCCUGGACAUUUCAAACAACAGGCUUGAAAGCUUGCCUGCUCAGUUACCUCGGUCCCUCUGGAACAUGUCUGCUGCUAACAACAACAUUAAACUGCUUGAAAAAUCUGAUACUGCUUAUCAGUGGAACCUUAAAUAUCUGGAUGUUUCUAAGAAUAUGCUGGAAAAGGUUGUCCUCAUUAAAAAUACACUAAGAAGUCUUGAGGUUCUCAACCUCAGUAGUAACAAACUCUGGACAGUUCCAACCAACAUGCCCUCCAAACUACAUAUUGUGGACCUGUCUAACAAUUCCUUGACACAAAUCCUUCCAGGAACAUUAAUAAACCUGACAAAUCUCACACAUCUUUACCUGCACAACAAUAAGUUCACAUUCAUUCCAGAUCAAGCUUUUGACCAACUCUUCCAGUUGCAAGAGAUAACCCUUUACAAUAACAGGUGGUCAUGUGACCAUAAACAAAACAUUACUUACUUACUUAAGUGGAUGAUGGAAACAAAAGCCCAUGUAAUAGGGACUCUCUGUUCUAGCCAAAUAUCACCUUUGAAGGAACAUAACAUAUACCCCACACCUUCUGGAUUUACCUCAAGCUUGUUCACUGUAAGUGGGAUGCAGACAGUGGACACCAUUAACUCUCUGAGUAUGGUAACUCAAUCCAAAGUGACCAAAAUACCUAAACAAUAUCGAACAAAGGAAACAACGUUUGGUGCCUCUCUAAGCAAAGACACCACCUUUACUAGCACUGACAAGGCUUUUGUGCCCUAUCCAGAAGAUACAUCCACAGAAACGAUCAAUUCACAUGAAGCAGCAGCUGCAACUCUAACUAUUCACCUCCAAGAUGGAAUGGUUACAAACACAAGCCUCACUAGCUCAACAAAAUCAUCCCCAACACCCAUGACCCUAAGUAUUACUAGUGGCAUGCCAAAUAAUUUCUCUGAAAUGCCUCAACAAAGCACAACCCUUAACUUACGGAGGGAAGAGACAACCACAAAUGUAAAGACUCGCUUACCUUCUUCUGUGGCAAGUGCUUGGAAAGUAAAUGCUUCGUUUCUCUUAAUGCUCAAUGCUGUGGUCAUGCUGGCUGGCUAA